ACCUCACACACGCACAACUCCGUCAUCCAGGUGGUAUUUCAGUGGAGGUGAGACCACAGCAGCAGAGGAAGCAUGCUGGCUGGCUGCUGGGUGAGAAGGCCAGGGAAGUGUAGAUGACUCUAGAAAGGUAGUUGGAGUGCCCUGAAGGCCAUCUAUCAAAUAGCAGGAAGCCGCUGAAGAUAUGUCUUGUUGAAAGUGGUGUCUUCUGAAAUUUAGCCUAGCAGCCAGUACGGCUGGAGGAGAGAAAGGAGCAGUAAUAUGGAGGACCUCAGCAAUGCAGACAGAGUAAGAAAUAGAGGAAAAUAGAAAUAUUUUGGAGGAAAAAACAGAACUUGGUGACUGAUAAUAGGACCCAGGGCGACAGAGUUGGAAGCCUAGGCUCAGGUUUCAAGUCUGAGUGGCUGGAAGGAAAGAUGAUUAGUAGGUUUUACAAAUAUUGAAAUUUUACAGAAAUGAUUGCUCAUCAACUUAAAAAUGUGCAGCAGAUGAAGGAAAGGUGAUCCUGGAAGGCAAGAUGGGGGUGAAGGAUGGGAAGCUGCUUAGCAGCUGGAAAGAGGGGCGCUUGGGGUCCCCAGCACAACCUCCAGGAGCGAGCAAACAGGGUUGGGAUAUAGGCCAGUGGGCUCCACUCCAAGUGGCAUUAGGGAGGACAUGCAAAUAAUUCAAGGACUUCUGGUCCUUGCCGCAUCUAAGAAGAGUCGGUUACGUUAGUGCUUUAAUGGCACUUGACAUGAUCUCACUGAUUCUUCAGCAACCCGAUGCGCUGGGUGUCCUUUCUAAUUUAAGAAAAAGGAAGCUCCUUACUAAAUGGUUAAAAUAGACUUGCAGGCCAAUCUUAAAUAGGGUGGGAGGGGCUGAGGGUGGGGUGGGCAAAGAAGUUUUGAUAUAAACAAAACAAAUGCACUUUGGGUGUGUUUUGGUAUUUUUCUGGGGCUAGAGGGUGGGUUGGGAUGUCCCUGUAGGUUAGGUCCAGAACGGGCUGUCUGUAUAUAUAUUGUAGUAAUAGGCAUGUUUGACUUGUGAAGGGACAUUAGUAGCUGCUGCAGGUCCUGUUUGGAACCCCAUGUACAGUUCCCAGUUUUUUGUGUCAGUGCGGGAGGCAUUUGACUCUUGUGUUUGUAUCUCCUUUUUAUGAUUGCUGUACUGACCCAUGUCUUUUGGGGGAGGGGUGAAAAGAGAUUUGAAAUAAAACUGUUUAGAAAUUACUUCCAAAAAGAAAAAGGAAGCUCCGCCUCUACACGGCUGUGCGGUCGCACCCUCGGCUCGGAGACUGCUCUAAAGAUUCGCCUGGGUUGUCCUCGUUCUCGGGCACCUGCGCACGCGCCCGGGCUGGGUGAGGGUGUCACGUUUCUCGGCGCCAGCCCCUGUCGCCCACCAGCCGGGCCGGCCCUCGCCCCUCCGCGCAGCUUCCGAAAGUCAAAACCAGCGUUCCCGCCAGGGGCCCGCCUCCGGCCCGGACCAAUCGGCCGCGUAGGUCUCGGGCACCAAGCCCAAUAAGCGUACUCCCCCGGGCGCCUCCCAACAAGGGGCCUGCUGAUUGGCUAGUUUUGCCGUCCGCUGCGUUGCCCUAGCAACCAGGUUACGAAGACGCGGUGGUUGGGCCUUCAAGUCUCCAGCGACCCAGCUUUGGGUCUCUUCGCCAGCUCUCCGCGCUUUCGGCAUCAUGUCGGUGCGGGCGCUACCGCUGCUCUUCUUGAACUUGGGCGGGGAGAUGCUUUACAUCCUGGACCAGCGGCUGCGGGCCCAGAACAUCCCCGGAGACAAGGCCCGCAGAGAUGAAUGGACAGAGGUGGACAGAAAACGAGUUCUUCAUGACAUCAUCUUAACCAUGUUCAAUAAAAGCUUUAUAGAGGAAUUGUUAAAACCCCAAGAGCUCUACUCCAAGAAGGCCCUCAGGACCAUCUAUGACCGCCUGGCUCAUGCCUCCAUCAUGAAACUGAACCAGGCAAGCAUGGAUAAGCUCUAUGACCUGAUGACUAUGGCUUUGAAAUAUCAAGUACUGCUGUGUCCCCGUCCCAAGGAUGUGCUGCUGGUCACUUUCAACCAUUUAGAUACCAUCAAGGGAUUAAUCCAAGACAACCCAGCCCUCCUGCAUCUAGUGGAUGAGACUCUCCGGCAGCUGAUUGAAGUAUACGGGGGCCUCUCCGCGGGGGAGUUCCAGCUCAUCCGGCAGACGCUCCUCACCUUCUUCCAGGACCUGCACAUCCGGGUGUCCCUAUUUCUAAAGGACAAAGUUCAGAAUUCCAAUGGUCGCUUUGUGUUGCCAGUGUCUGGGCCUGUUCCCUGGGGAAUUGAAGUUCCUGGACUCAUCAGAAUGUUCGACAACAAAGGCGAAGAAGUGAGGAGGGUGGAAUUCCCGCACGGUGGAAACUAUGUCACUGCGCCAAAGGAAGGUUCUUUUGAAGUUUAUGGAGAUCGAGUCCUGAAACUAGGAACUAAUAUGUACAGUGUGAACCGGCCUGUGGAAACCCAUACAUCUGGAACAUCAAAGAACUUAUCUUCACAGGCACAGCAAAGCAUUGCUCCAAACCCUCUUGCUAAAGAAGAGCUGAAUUUCUUGGCCAAGCUGAUGGGAGGAAUGGAGAUUAAGAAAACCAGUGGCCCUGAGCCAGGAUUCCGGUUGAAUCUCUUUACCACCGACGAAGAGGAAGAACAAGCAGCGCUAACCAGGCCAGAAGAGUUAUCCCAUGAAGUUGUCAACAUACAAGCUACUCAGGACCAGCAAAGGAACCAAGAGCUGGCUCGGAUCAUGGGGGAGUUCGAGGUCAUGGACCAGCCAAGGUGGAGUGCCAGCAAGGGGGAUGAUUUGCUGGCCAUGAUGGACGAGUUAUAGCUGUGCGGACCAGGCACACCCCUCCGCUGUGGGA